GGGAGGCUGCCCGCAGCAGCUCGGUGGGUGCAAACACAUGAAUCGUAGCUGCGGGCAGGAGGAAUAUCAGGUGCAUCUCUACGCCCUGAGGGCUCAACUCCUACACUUAAAUCCCUCCCACUGGAACAGCCGGCUCCAGUUUCACCGAGCAAGCGUGAGAACAAGUACUGCUUCCUGAGCACCUCCAGCCACCAGCACCCAGACCCAGCCACAUCCCAGCACUGCCCACCUCUGCUCCUAGAUGACGGAGGCUCUUGCUAGGCCCUCGGCACACAGAGCUGGCUUCCGAUAGACGUGCUCGGAAAAGAAAGGAGAGCGGAAGGUGCCUCUUCAAAAACCACGGAGUCCACAAGGCGUUAGCAGUGACCACGCCACUGAGACCAUCAGAGUCUGAGGCAUAAGGAGGAAAAUGAGUCUCCUCAAAGAGCGGAAACCAAAAAAGCCACAUUACAUCCCACGGCCUCCAGGAAAGCCCUUCAAGUAUAAAUGCUUCCAGUGUCCCUUCACUUGCAACGAGAAGUCACAUCUUUUCAAUCACAUGAAGUAUGGUCUCUGUAAAAACUCCAUUACUUUAGUAUCAGAGCAGGAUCGAGUUCCCAAGUGCCCUAAAUCUAACUCGCUAGACCCUAAGCAAACCAACCAGCCCGAUGCCACAGCAAAGCCAGCCUCUUCCAAGUCUGUCGCAAACGAACUCUCCGCCUUCAACCUGAAGCUUCAGCACAGCUCUGCCAGGGAAGACAUCAAGGAAAACCUGGAGCUGCAGGCCCGGGGGACCCACAGGUGCCCAGGACAGAAGCCAGCCCUCCACCGGGAAUCGGCGUGUGGAAGCCCAGCUCCGGAAGCCAUCCUCGGCGCCCAGCCUGCUCUGGAAGGCGCAGCUCGGCCUUCUGCAUUUGUUCCAGUCGGGGAGCACAGACUCAAAGGGCCAGACAAUGCCGAGGCGUCCGAGACCCUGGCUGUACCCAACCCCGUGGCCAAGGCCACCCCCUUCCACACCAAGUCUGCCUUCCACGCUCCUGGCUACCCCUGGAAAGCUGGCUCACCUUUCCUCCCGCCAGAGUUUCCACAUAAAAUCUCAUCUGCAAAGGGGCUUGGGGCCAUUUCUCCUUACAUGCACCCUACGAUCCCAGAGUACCCACCCCACUUUUACACAGAGCACGGGCUGGCCACCAUCUACUCACCUUACCUGCUGGCUGGGAGCUCGCCCGAGUGUGAGGCACCUCUGCUGUCGGUCUACGGAGCCCAGGACCCGAGACACUUCCUGCCUCACCCGGGGUCAGUCCCCAAGCACCUCACUCCAUCUCCACCAACAUAUGAUCAUUACAGGUUCUUCCAGCAGUAUCACUCUAAUCUGCCACUUCCUUACGGAUUUUACAGGCCAGAGUCCGCGUUUUCCUCCUAUGCUCUCAGGCUCCCGCCCGUCACUGGCCUUGCCCGAGAUCAUAGCUCUCACCUGCUUGAAGAAGCCACCCUGGUCUAUCCAGCCUCGAGUCCUUUCAAGCUAAACUCCUCAGACCCCAACAGAAAACACAUCGAGUUUGAAAGUCCAAUUCCUGAGGUGAAAGAUUCCUCCAAGGCUGGGCAGGGGGACACAGAAGGGUCCAAAAUGAGCCCCCGUGCAGGGAGCGCAGCCACAGGCUCCCCAGGGAGGCCAAGCCCCACCAACUUCACGCAGACAAGCCAGACCUGCGAAGGCCUGUACGACCUCUCCAACAAGGCAGCCUCCGCUGUGCUGGGACGACUCUGCCAGCCAGAGCAAAGCCUCACAGCCUUCAAGCCUGUCAAGAAAAGCACGGGCUGCCUACAUGCUGAGGCUCCUGAGACCAGAGCGGAGUCUCCUAUAAGCCUCAAUGCCGUGAAUGGAGAGCCUCCUGCUCAGACAGGAAGCACCUCUCUCGUCUUGGAGGCCACGCCUUCCAGUCCAGAGGACAGCUCCAGGAUGGGCCCCCUCAACCUCUCCAAGAAACCAGAGAUGAAGCCAGCAGCCACCCACAAACUCAUGUACCAAGGCAGCCCCCAGGCAGAACCCACCAGCUUCUCCGAGCUGCAGGACCUUCCUCUCAAUCUCUCAGUGAAGGACCCCUGUAAUGCCCAGGCCCCGAGGCCGCCCUUCCCCAGACGACCACGAGCCACAGAACCAGCUGCUGCUGCUGCUCCACAAAAGACUGGAACAGAAGGUUCCGAAGAUGGGCCUGACCGCCCUGAGACCAGGCCAGAAAGCCUCGACAGUGACGAAGCCCCACUCACAGGCCCCAGCGAGGAGGCCACAGCCACAUGCACAGUGGACAGCAGCGAGGAGCAGAAGCAGACAGCGGCCGUGGCCCUGUGCCAGCUGGCAGCCUACAGCCCUGGGAACGUCCGGGUGGACGACGGGGACACUGAGGCCCCAGAGCCUGCCUGCCAGCAAGACGCACCCACACUCAGCUCCAUGGAAAGCCAAGAGGCCCAGUGUGACCUCAGACCCAAAGGACAAAAGAGGACAAGUCAAAGAGAUGCUGGAAAAUCCCAGCAAGGAGCUAAGAAGGCAAAGCUGCAGGACACGGCGAGAGUGUUCACGCUGCGGAGGAGGGCCCGGGUGUCCUAACGCCGGGCUCACACACGUGCUCAGAGCCAGGGCCACACCAAGCCUUCCACGGCAGCGCAUAGCACCACAUCUGAACUGGCACUUCCACAUUUUUACAAAUGCAGCUUCCUCUUUCUUCUCAAAAA